UAAACUAAUUAGGGUUUUCAAUAAAACCAUGAACGACACUGUGUCAGCCUUCCUCCUCUUUGGAUCCUCCGUUUCUGUGCAAGCUUCGGAGCUCGUGGGGCAAUAAACCCUAGAAUUCACCAUGGGUAUUUCUCGUGAUUCCAUGCAUAAGAGGCGUGCCACUGGAGGCAAGAAAAAGGCUUGGAGGAAGAAGCGAAAGUAUGAGCUCGGAAGACAACCUGCCAACACAAAGCUGUCGAGCAACAAGACAGUUCGGAGGGUUAGGGUUCGAGGUGGAAAUGUAAAAUGGCGUGCACUAAGGUUGGAUACAGGAAACUACUCAUGGGGCAGUGAGGCUGUGACAAGGAAGACUCGUAUCUUGGAUGUGGUUUAUAAUGCUUCAAACAAUGAGUUGGUUCGGACCCAGACAUUGGUGAAGGGAGCAAUUGUUCAGGUUGAUGCAGCACCAUUUAAGCAAUGGUACCUUCAGCACUAUGGAGUUGACAUUGGUCGCAAGAAGAAGACCUCUACUUCUGCCAAAAAAGAAGGAGAGGAGGGAGAUGCUGCUACUGAAGAGACAAAAAAGAGCAACCAUGUCACGAGAAAGCUGCAGAAGCGCCAAGAGGAUCGCAAGCUUGACCCACAUGUUGAAGAGCAAUUUGGUGGUGGCCGUUUGUUAGCUGCAAUCUCGUCACGACCUGGCCAGUGUGGUCGUGCUGAUGGAUACAUAUUAGAAGGCAAAGAGCUCGAGUUUUACAUGAAGAAACUCCAGAGGAAGAAGGGGAAGGGUGCUGCUGCUUAAAAUUUUGUUAUCUAAACUUUAUCUUUAAUAUUCAGAAUUUCCCCUAUUUCCUAUUUCUUUUUGUAUUCUGAAGGCAUGGGACUGAAAGUUUGUUAAGCUAAGGUAGUUAGCUUGAACUCUUUUGUUUUGUUGUCGUAUUUUAUUUCUGUGUCAAGUAAAACAUCGAGGUUAGUUUUUAUUCGUAUCAAUGGUCUUGAUGUUUGAUGUGA